UAGAGGAAGAACUAGCAAUAAACAUAAUAUUAACGUUCACAGGUUUUUAUUAAUCCGACUUGUCACGCAAGGUGUUGUUAUGGCCCACAGAUAUCUCUUCCUCUCAAGGGGCUGCCGGAACAUUUUCAAAGCUCUGUUACCCAGUGUUAGAUCAGCAAAUUGUUCGCGACUGGUCUCCAGCCAUGUGAAUGGUCCACUUGUUCUUGAGAGGGAAUCCCUGCUUUCCCAUGUGUUGGGGGCCUAUAGAAGACUAAGUGCUAAACCUCCUAAAGGAUUUGAGAAAUACUUCCCAAACAGCAAGAGUGGCCCAAAGGCGAGUGAACCUAAGCCAUCUAAUGCAGAGGCCAAAGAAGCCAAGCCAGCCAAUGCUCAAAGGGCUAGCGGCAGAUCGAGUGGUGGUGAAGGGGGAGGUGGCGGAGCAUCUGGCGGAGGCGGAAAAAGGGGAGGUCGGAAGGAUGAUACAAACUGGUUCAGUCGACUCCAGAAGGGAGAUGUGCCAUGGGAUGAUAAAGAAUUCCGUAUGUAUUUCCUGAGUGGAGCUGCUUUCUGGACUGCUGUUACCUACUAUCUCUUCUUCCGAGAUGGUGGCAGGGAAGUCACCUGGAAGGAUUUCGUGAAUGGUUACCUUGCAAAAGGAGUAGUUGAUAGGUUGGAGGUUGUAAAUAAACGUUAUGUGAAAGUCGUCUUUGUACCAGGAAAGACUCCAGUUGAUGGCCAAUAUGUGUGGUUCAACAUUGGCAGCGUGGAUACCUUUGAGCGUAAUCUGGAGACUGCACAGCUGGAAAUGGGUAUUGAAGGGGAGAAUAGACUGCCAGUGGUCUACUCCACUGAGAGUGAUGGAUCUUUUCUCCUCAGCAUGUUACCCACAGUGCUGAUCAUCGGUUUCCUGCUCUUCAUGUUGCGGCGUGGUCCUGCCGGCGCUGGCCGCCCAGGGAGAGGGAUGGGCGGCCUCUUCAGCGUCAGUGAGACCACAGCUAAAGUGCUGCGUGAUGAGAUCGACGUCAAGUUCAAAGACGUUGCCGGCUGCGAGGAAGCUAAGCUCGAAAUCAUGGAGUUUGUCAACUUCCUCAAAAACCCAAAACAGUACCAGGAUCUGGGUGCUAAAAUCCCAAAGGGAGCAAUUCUGACUGGACCUCCUGGCACAGGAAAGACUUUGCUGGCUAAGGCCACUGCAGGUGAAGCCAACGUCCCCUUCAUCACUGUCAAUGGCUCAGAAUUCCUGGAGAUGUUUGUGGGCGUCGGUCCAGCGAGGGUGCGGGACCUUUUCGUAUUGGCCCGUAAGAAUGCUCCCUGCAUUCUCUUUAUUGAUGAGAUCGACGCUGUGGGACGGAAGAGGGGACGGGGCAAUUUUGGAGGCCAGAGUGAGCAGGAGAACACUCUCAACCAGUUACUGGUGGAGAUGGAUGGUUUUAACACGGCUACAAAUGUUGUCGUCCUUGCUGGUACGAAUAGACCAGACAUCCUGGAUCCUGCCCUGAUGAGACCUGGCCGUUUUGACAGACAGAUAUACAUUGGUCCACCUGACAUCAAGGGAAGGGCAUCCAUAUUUAAAGUACAUCUCCGACCGCUCAAACUGGAUGCUGAACUGGACAAAGACACGCUUGCCAGGAAAAUGGCUGCCCUAACACCUGGCUUCUCAGGUGCUGACAUUGCUAAUGUGUGCAAUGAAGCUGCCCUCAUAGCUGCCCGGCACCUGUCUGAUGCCAUUAGCCAGAAACACUUUGAACAAGCCAUCGAGCGUGUGAUUGGAGGUCUCGAAAAGAAGACACAGGUCCUGCAGCCUGAGGAGAAGAAAACAGUAGCGUACCACGAAGCAGGCCAUGCUGUGGCCGGCUGGUACCUGGAGCACGCAGACCCACUGCUGAAAGUGUCCAUCAUCCCCCGUGGGAAGGGGCUGGGCUAUGCUCAGUACCUGCCCAAAGAGCAGUAUCUCUACACUAAAGAACAGCUGCUGGACAGAAUGUGCAUGACCCUCGGGGGUCGCGUGUCGGAGGAGAUCUUUUUUGGCCGCAUCACCACAGGGGCACAGGAUGACCUGAGGAAAGUCACCCAGAGCGCCUAUGCGCAGAUUGUCCAGUUUGGGAUGAAUGAGAAGGUGGGUCAGGUGUCGUUCGAUCUGCCGCGGCAGGGGGAGAUGGUCCUGGAGAAGCCUUACAGCGAGGCUACGGCACGCCUUAUUGACACGGAAGUGAGGACCCUCAUCAACACUGCCUAUGAGCGCACACAGCAACUGCUCCAUGAGAAGAAAGCAGAAGUGGAGAAGGUCGCGCUGCGUCUCCUGGAUAAGGAGGUCCUGGACAAGAACGACAUGGUGGAGCUGCUGGGGCCGAGGCCGUUUGCGGAGAAGUCCACCUACGAGGAGUUUGUGGAGGGCACGGGAGGCAUGGAGGAGGACACCACCCUGCCGGAGGGCCUGAAGGACUGGAACAAAGAGCGCGGCAGCGAGAAAGAGGAGAGCACGGAGGAGCAGGUGGCCCGUCAGAUUACCGGAGGCAUGCCCUUCUAACGCAGCGGAGGACGAGAGCGAGCUUUUACCGCGCCCCGAGAAUGCCUGAGAGAGCGUCGCAGGUAGAGGUCCGCCCGUUCUCUGGGUGGGGUUUUUUUUUUGGUGUUUGGAGUAGUAAGACUGACGCUUGAAGCAGUGUAACUACAUCCGCUCAUCCGUGUAUUUGAUGAAAAACAAAACCAAAACAAAACAAAAAAACAACAGUAUCAUUUUGUACAAAUGCCACUUGCUUUUGUGCAACGAAAAGACAGGAUUUAUUUGGCGAUUUCUCUCUGUGGGAUUGAAAACAAUCCCGUGUUUAAGUUUAAGCUUAAGCUCUCUUCUCUAGCGUUCGACCCGAUGAGAUUUCAUGUGAAAGCGAGAUCAGAAAAGGAGAAUAAGUGAUGUGAGGUGGAGAUUUGUGGCGGGCGAUGGUUGCUUCGCUGACACACCCAUGUAUAAUUUUGCUUCACAAAGAAUUGGUUGUCUCAAGAGUCUAACCGCCUUUCGCUCGCUGUUAGUUGGUGAAGGCACAAAAGCAACACACGCUUUUUCAGAAACCAAUAUUGCAUCACUGACUUAUCAUACCAGUUUUCUUUGCUAUGAUCAGGGUGAGAAUUACUGUAUGAUCAUCUACCCAGAGACAGGGAAUGUUGGAUUUAAAAAAAAAAAAGAAAAAGAAAAAAAUGUUGUGUAGAUGAAAAUAUAUUCUUUGUUACCCAUCACUAAAAUUUGCUUCUGUGAAGUGAAUAUGAAUUGUUUUUCUUUUUCGCCGUCUGAAAUCCGUUAGUAUGUUUCAGUGUGAAUUCAAGCAUGAUGUGUGGUAAGACACGAGUGUCACUCACCAAAAAAUGGCACAGUUAUGAGAAAUCAGCUUCGGGGGGAUGUAACACGUCUUUGGGAAUGCUGUUUGUGAUUAAAAAAAAAAAAAAAAGGAAG